AUGACUGGUUCAACUACCGUUGUCGAUUCUUCAUCCAUGUCUGGUUCUUCAUCUACACCCUUUCACCCGGCCCUUACGGUCAAUAAUAUCAAAACCUUCAUCCCUAUCACGUUAGAAACAGAAAAAGUUCAAUACGCUUCAUGGGCCGAGUUGUUCAAGAUCCAUGCCAUGGCGUUUCAAGUUCUUGAUCACAUUAUCCCACCAUGGGAUGAUUCAGUUAAUCCGGCUCUAUGGAAAAGCCUUGAUGCCAUUGUACAACAAUGGAUUUAUGUCUCGGCAUAUUGUCAACAACUCAAAUCUUUGGCCGAUCAACUUGCAAAUGUCGGCUCUCCGGUUUCCGAAAAGACUUUGGUGUUACAACUUGUUGCAGGGUUAUCCGAGGCAUAUGACGGUGUGGCUACAAUUAUCCAAUAA